AUGGACUUCAAAUACCAGCGGCUAUCCCCAAUUGUGGAACACGACGCGGCGUCCGUUGACUCGGAAUCUACUCUGGGCGACGCGGACGACGUGGAUAUCGUUUUGAAGCGGGAAGUAAAGGCACAGGAGUUUAUGGGUGAGAUGUGUCGGUCAACAAUCUCGAUAUCCAAGUGGCUAUGGUUGCUCCAUGUGGUCCUUCUUGUUGGAUCACUCACAUUCUUCACACUCGCCGUGAUGGUGCGGUCAUCAACAUUGAAACAUGUGCGCGAGUUCUCUGCUUGGUCUCCUGCCGACACCUCAGUCCGGUAUCAGUCAGUCAAGUACAACGUAUCAACGCAAGACAAUCGUUUCGUCGGCGCAGGACCCGAGGUCGAUAAAGCCUGGCGCGAGAUUUCAUAUGAUAUGGGAGACCAAUGGAUCUCGAAAUCCGACCUCGACAGACUCGGCAUGCCCAGGACGUCGGUCAAAAUGGCUCAUCCAGAGACGGGUCAGGAAGGCUACCGCGUAGGCAUGGAGGUCUUCCACCAGCUCCAUUGCCUCAACCUGCUCAGAAGAGUCACAUUCAAGGAAUACUACGAACCGCUCGGCGGAGAAUUCGCAGCCGGACCCGACGCGCUGCAACAUCAUACAGAUCACUGCAUCGAGAUUCUCAGGUUGAACAUCCAGUGCAAUGCGGACAUCGGCCUUUUCACGCUGUACAUGGUCGCAGGAGAUCCACAGGCGUGGCCGGAGCUCAACACGAAGCAUGUAUGCAGGAAUUUCGACGGCGUGAGGCAAUGGGCACUCGACCACUCUGUUGGGAAUAUGGAGCUUUUGGAGUGA